CUUAUAGUGAUUCGGAUGAUGGAAGACUGGAAGUACAUAGCAUAAUUGGCAAAUCAAAAUUCAAAUCAAAUCACAUCAAGAAGUGGCUUACGUUUUAAUUAUUUUUCUUUUAUUUUGGAGAGGGGCGGUGAAGUGAAGGGCACCAGAUUGCAACGUAGUCGGCAGAGGUGCACAUCAACAAGAAGCAAUGGAAUCUCGCAGUGCCAUUCUUUUGUCAUUUUCGCUUCUUGCUCUCCUUCUAACCACUACUUCAGCUCAACUUAGAAGGGAUUUCUACAAGAACACAUGCCCAAAUGUUGAAUCAUUAGUCCGCUCAGCUGUCACAAAGAAGUUCCAGCAGACCUUUGUUACUGCCCCAGCAACUCUUCGACUCUUUUUCCACGAUUGCUUUGUUCGGGGAUGUGAUGCUUCAGUGUUGAUUGCCUCACCAUCAGAGAAGGAUCACCCUGAUGACCUUUCUCUUGCUGGUGAUGGAUUUGACACUGUAGUCAAGGCUAAGGCAGCUGUUGAUAGGGAUUCUCGGUGCACAAACAAAGUUUCUUGUGCUGAUAUACUAGCUCUUGCCACUAGAGAUGUGGUAGUAUUGGCAGGGGGGCCAUCAUACACAGUCGAAUUGGGGAGGCGUGAUGGGAGGAUAUCUACUGCUGCCAGUGUUCAAAGGCAUCUUCCUCAUCCAGAUUUCAAUUUAGACCAGCUCAAUUCCAUGUUUAGCUCAAAUGGUCUUACCCAGACAGAUAUGAUUGCCUUAUCAGGUGCGCACACAAUUGGGUUCUCUCAUUGCGGCCGUUUCUCCAAUCGAAUCUACAACUUCAGUCCGAAAAGCCGGAUUGACCCGACACUAAAUUCAGCUUACGCUUUGCAACUUAGACAGAUGUGUCCGAUAAACGUUGAUCCUAGAAUUGCCAUUAAUAUGGACCCAACCACACCUAAUAGAUUCGACAAUGCUUACUACAAAAACCUUCAGCAAGGAAAGGGUCUCUUCGGCUCUGAUGAGAUAUUGUUUACAGAUACAAGAUCAAAGUCCACUGUUAACUUGUUUGCAUCAAACAAUGGAGCUUUUCAACAGGCCUUUGUAACUGCAAUAACCAAACUAGGCCGAGUAGGGGUUAAUACUGGAAAUCAAGGUGAAAUUCGUCGCGAUUGCACUCGAAUUAACUAGAAGAGAGAUUCAUUCUUUCUUCUAAUGAUUUUUCUUCUAGCUUUGUUAUCUAUGAUUGUAUCACAACCUACAAGUGUUUAGCUUUUUGAUGGUAACUUUCAGAAUAAAAUAAAAGUGAUAAGUUCACCUACAAAAAGAAAAUGUCAAAUCAAACAAUUACGACU